GCUCAGGGUAAAAAAACCCACGUAGUCAAAGUCGCUUUAAACCACGCCCACCGGAUGUACGUAACUUUCCCCGGGAAAGCUCGGUUUCUACAGCCGUAGUGAGUUCACUGGAGUUGCACAAGUGUCGAUAAUCAAUGGAGAAAAUAACUGAGAAACUUUUACUGGAGAAAGGCUCUCCAAAAACCAACGAACUGGAGCAAAUCAAGACACUGAAUCUAUCUAGACUGGCGCUGAAGCUUCAGGACUUGCCAGUCAGGCUGCUGUCCCGCCUCCAGUCCCUGGAGCGAUGGGAUCUGUCUGGGAACAGACUGCAGGAGCUGCCCAAGAACCUGGAGCUGCCUGCGCUUCGCUAUCUCGACCUCAGCGACAACCAGAUGGAGGAUGUUACCACUCUGGAGUCCCUAAGCAGUCUGGAAGAGCUCAAGAUGGAGGACAAUCUUUAUAUCACUGUGAGUGAUAAUUACAAGUUGAUGGUGUUGUUGCCCAACCUGAGGAUUUACAACGGUAAAGAUGUCAGUACUACUGCCAACCACUUGCGCUACGUCUACAGUGAGAAUCUGAGGGCCAGGAUAAUUGCAGUUUGGGAGAAGAGCUUCCAUCUCCCGGAUCCAAUCACAGCAGAGAAAAUGUCCACUUUGGAGACAAACUUUGUCAGCGCUGCCCGUCAACAGGUUAAAUUUGGACCCAGUUCAGUCACUGACUUCACCAAAUGGAGGGUGGAGAUUAUGGCUAAGGAGUAUCUGCGCUCUCUGACAGAACCAAAGGAAGAACCAGAGAGCAGGGAGUCUACUGAUACUAAAGAGAACUGUGGUGUCUCAGCGCCUACCAAGAGGAAACAAACUGCAUCAGUAAUGGACACCAGCAUAAGGCUGACGCCUCGCAAAAAGUUGCGCACAGAUCUCCCAGCCUCCUCAGGUGAAGACAGCCCUCGCAAAUCCAGUCUCCGCCUCAAACCUCAAACACUAACCCAGACCAGCACCGUCAGAAUGAGCCCCCGCAAGACAGGUCAGCCUCCCUCUACCCCCACUAGAGGACAGAUGAGGGCAGAGACACCCGGGAGAGGUUCUAAAGUGCGACAAACCAAAGAGGACGGAGCCCAGAUUAAACAGAAGGAAGAUGUCAGCAAAAAAGAUUCUAAAGCCACAGAGCUGCAGAGAGAUGCUGACAUGCUGCCCACAAUAAAGAGCUGCACAAAGACACAGCAGCCGGUGCAUCUGAAGCCUCUCCACGUCCUCCAGUGCCACAGUAAACAGGACAGCUCGGAGGACUUCUCUACCCAGCUGUGGGCCUGUGCUUUCCAGCCGCUGCCAGAGUCUGCUGCAGGCGCUAGUGGAGGAAGUCGUUUGGUUGCUACCUGUGGUGGAGACUCUCUCUGUGUGAUUGACUGUGAAACGGGGAUGGUGAUGAAGAAGUACAAAGUUCCUGGAGAGGUGUUCUUCUCCCUGGCCUGGUCCACAGUGAUGAUGUCCAGGGGAGGCGGGGCCUCGGCUCAACACUGCAGCAUUCUAGCAGCUGGUGGGAAGAGAGGAUUGGUCAAAUUGAUCCACCCCAGAAACAACGUGGCCUAUGGGGAGUUCCGAGCCAGCCGCAAGUCGCUGUCUGUCCUCCGCUUCAACCACCACCAGGGAAACUUCCUCUUCACGGGAUCAUACGAUAACAAGAUAGUGAUGUGGGACAUCGGCGGAGUGGACAGCCAGUACAACUUCAAAGUUGUUCAGCUGCUGAUGUUGGAGAUCAGCGCCACCCCUCUGCACAUCUGCCUCCACCCCACUUCCCUCAGCUCACACCUACUGGCUGCCUGUGAGGACGGCCUGCACUGCUACAACACACAACUCGGCAACAAUAACAACACCACAAAAAGUAGGUCUAAGGAAAUGGAGAUAACUUUUCCCAUAUAUAAGAAGGAAGACAAAGAACAUGACUACCACACCAUUGAUGGCCUGAGUUUUCUUACGGAUGACAUAGUGGCCUCCAAGAACUACAUGCAUGGUUCCAUUUACUUGUGGAGCUGGAGCAGGACCAUGGCUCAGCGGCCUGACAAGAAGAGCAGGUCAGUGUGUGCUGUGGUUCUGGCUGAGCUGCAGUGGGCCAACACUGAGAUUCCCUACCUGGCCCUCAACACAUGUCCUGGCCGAGCCUACGUAGUGUGUGGUGAUGACGAAGGCAGGCUAUGGACAUACCACGUCACCAACCUGCAGAAAAACAGUUUCCAGACAGGGAAACCCAUACUGCCCACUGAGGUGUUGGAGUGGCCGGCCCCGGUAAGGAAGGGCCUCAGCCAAGUAGAGGGCCCCUCCAUCAACAGUGUAGCAAUGGACCCUGAGCUCCGCUUCCUGGUGGCCCUUAGUGAUAAGAAUAUGGUGAUAGUGUGGAAGAGAGAAGAGUCCUCCUAAGCAACACGGGGUGUGUGACUGCACCUCAUGAAUGGAAGUCUUACAGAUCUCUAGGUGUUUUGAUACAAAUCCUUAAACAGAUGAGAGUGUACCAAAUUUUGGUAUUUUUGAGGUAAGACAUCAAAUUAAGUAUUGGAAAUGUGAUGGAAGAUUACCUCAUUUCAAAGUAAACAUCCAUACAGGUUGUUUCUUAUAACACCAACAUUUUAAUACAGACAGACUGUAGUGAUCCUGUCUGCGAUAUGUUUUGGGGUUGUUUUUUUUUUUUACUCCUUUUUCUUCAGAAUUUGUUUGGGGAAAGUGAUUUUCAUUUUGAUGCCUCAGUGGGAUCUGUCAGAGCAAGUAACAGCAGAUCAAAGGAAUACAAUAACAGUAUUUUUCAUUUUUAUUUGAAAAUGUAUGGCAUAAAAUUUGAAACUCUUUGAUUUGCAGAAUUUCAUACUGAUAAGUUGCUGUUGUUGGGAUUAUUAGCGUAGCCAAGGGAAGUUUCAAUUGUCACUAUGUGACACAUAAUUCUUUGUUUUUGUAUCUUAAAAGAUACAGCAUGUAAAAUGUCCAGUCCAACCAUGAAACAUGUUGUCAAUUUCACAAAUGGUGAGGCAAUCUAUUCAAUGUAAUGACUUACUGGAAAUUGGUCAUAAAAAAAGGAACAUUGUAAACAUUUGAAACAGACCACAACACUAUAUUUAAGUCUACAUAAUUACAAUAAUGCAACAUGGGCUGAAAAUGCAGCUGUGAUUGGCCUCAGGCAUUUCAUUGUAGGUCUUGUUUUAUGGUCCCUUUAGUCUGUGGUUUUAAUUGAGUCCUUGGCACAGUUUAAUCUCAUGGUUCGGGUAUGAUUUUAGUUGUGCUUCCUUCCUGUUCAGCUGUAGUAAAAAGAUGCUGAUUAAUAUUAACUCCAAAUGAUUCUUUUUUUUUUUGUUGCCAGUUUGUUAUAAAGACUUUAUAAGGUAAUUUAAAAAUAUGUCAGGAUUGUGUUUACAGCUUUUUGUGCUGCCCCCAAGUGGCAAAAAAAUAAUUAAUGCAGGUUUUACCAACAAAUAAAGUCAGUGGCCUUUAUGAAUAGGACUCAAAUGUACAUAUUUGAUGUGAAUAAUUGUAUGUGAAUGAACCAUGUCUGCUAUUUUAAGGCCAGUCUUUGGACCUUUUAUGUUUAAUGUAACUUUGUAAUAUUUUGAAUUGAUACUUUGUAACAUUAAUUAAUACAAACAUGCCUCACUAAAAAGUCAAUACUGUUGUGAGGAGUAAAGCAACUGACUGCUGAGCAAAUGAAUGCAGUACAGCGUGUCCCUUUCUACUGUGUAAUCCUACAGUAGUUCUAGUGUACCUGUGUUUCUGUGUGCAAUCCACCAUGUUUUCAUGUGUUGUGAAGUACAAAUAUUUUGAUUUAAUAAAACAAAUUACUGCA